AGCGGGUCAGCAGCGUGCAGGCAGCAGUGAGGGAGCCGCAGACUCCCGCAGGGAUCCCGCUCUCACGCAGCUACCGCAGCUCCCGCAGCUCCGCUGCUGCUCACAUGCUGGACAGGAGGGACUGAGCGGCUGAACGGGGCUCUUCUAACGCGGACACCAGCAGCUAUCAGGAUGGAGGGGGAGUUCGAGGACAUCGACUCGGUCGGGAGCUGGCAGAACGUCUACAACGAAAUCCGCAACCAGGCCAGCGAGUAUCCGUACAGAGUAGCCAAACUCCCAGCGAACAGGAAUUUGAACCGCUACAGAGACGUAAGCCCAUAUGACCACAGUCGAGUAAAACUUGAAAACUCUGAAAACGACUACAUCAACGCAAGUUUAGUCACGGAGAAAGAAGCUCAAAGGGCCUACAUUCUUUCUCAGGGGCCUCUGAGGAAUACAUGUGGUCACUUCUGGCUGAUGAUCUGGCAGCAAUGUUCCAAAGCUGUUAUCAUGCUGAACAGAGUGAUAGAAAAAGGAUCUGAAAAGUGUGCUCAGUACUGGCCCACCGCAGAAGAGCUGCAGAUGUCGUUCACAGACACGGGAUUUGUUGUGAGACUGCUGUCAGAGGUGGAUCAAUCCCAUUAUAUCAUUAGGGUGCUAGAACUACAAAACACAAAGACGGGAGAGUCGAGAGAGAUCUACCACUUUCACUACACCACGUGGCCUGACUUUGGCGUGCCAGAAUCUCCCGCUGCUUUCCUGGACUUCCUGCUGAAGGUGCGGGAGUCGGGCUCCCUGGGCUCGGAGCACGGGCCCUCGGUGGUGCACUGCAGCGCUGGGAUCGGACGGUCGGGGACCUUCGCCCUGGUGGACACCUGCCUCGUCCUGAUGGACAAGAGGAAAGGCCCGUCAUCGGUGGAGAUCCAGAAGGUGCUACUGGGCAUGAGAGAGUACCGCAUGGGCCUGAUCCAGACUCCCGACCAGCUGCGCUUCUCUUACAUGGCCGUCAUCGAGGGAGCCAAGUUCAUCCUGACAGACAGCUCAGCAGCUCAGCAGAUGGUGCAGGAAGGUCUGCUCAGCGAUGACCUGGAGCCAGAUCUGCCCCCUCCACCCCCUCCACCCAGACCUCAUCUGAAUGACAGCAGGCCCAACGGGCCGUGUCUGGAGCCAGAGACCAGCACAGAAGCCCCGCUCCCAACAGCAAAGUUCGAUGUCCCAGAUCACCCUGUGGCAGACAACUCCGGGCCCCUGAGAAAGAGACACCGCGAGGAGAGGAUUGCCAGCACAACACAGAAGAUCCAGCAGAUGAAACAGAGACUGACGGACUCAGAGAAGAAGCAGGAGAAGUGGGAGUACUGGAGGCCCGUCCUGCUCAACGUCGGGGCCGGGGCCGCGUGUGUCGUCGGCCUGCUGUGCUGGAUGUACUAUCGAUGAAAUAACUCGCCGUCUCCUAAGACUGACUCCUAUUUUGCACCAGUACCUGGGAUUAGGUACCUCUUGUCUAAGUAGGUGUAGAUGUGCAUAACUGAGGAUAUUUAUUUCUUAAGGUCAAAAUGCAGGAGCGCUAGAUCAAAUGAGUUUGUGUAUAUUUUUCUUGUUAAGUGGUAACAUCUCAGGAUCUUGGUGCCAGCAAGGUGAAUUUGAUUUUAUUUUUCUUCUCGUCACUGUUGAAUGUACUGUAGCAUAGUGAAAUGGCUUUGAGAGAAACUUACAGAAGGUGCAGUACAAAGGAAAAAAAACAAAAACAUUCUGACUGGUUUAUUUUAUGCAUUCUUAAUGGUCAGAUGUACAUUGAUCAACUGUGGACACGUUUUGCAUUUUGCUUUUCAGGAUGACUCGUGGUGACAUUCAGUCCUACCGUAAAUGUGUGGAAAGACUUCAGAGCCAAAACGUCAACUUUGGGAAUUGAGUUUUUCUUGUUUUAUGAGGAAAUGCAUGCACUUGCAGGUUUUCCACACCUCCGCCUGUUCUUCCACUCACAUUCUGCAGGGCAUCCCACUAUGGCCAGAUUUAUAUUUUUGCGUAGCUGGACAUUUCAAGGGACCCUCUCAAUGUAUUCAAAUUGUGCUUGAAUAUUAUCCUUGACUUUUUAUGUUACAAGUACAUUUCCUCUUGUCUCAUAUUAACUUUUGUUUGUCAUGCGAAUCAUCCAAGCUGCCAGCUCCCUUGCCAAUGUUCGCCCACUGGAUGGGUUCAUGUGUGUACUUUUGAGUUUACCCACUGUUGUUUUGUUGUUGAGCAAACCAAAGUUGUCCGUUUUAGGAAGAUCAGCAGCCAGGCAAGCUGUUCCAUGAUGAAGCCUUGUACUCCCAUCACCUGUAAUUUAUGUUCUCUUAGAUCUGAUAGGACUCACACGUAUGUUUCAAAUUAUCAGACAUAGUACUUUUGAGUUUUUUUGUGUGUCUCCUUAAAUUUAUCAUAGAGCUUCACCAAACUGGUUUUCAUCUAACAUGGAUUAGUCUGAAGUUAUAAAUUGGAGCAGAACACCCUGGAUCAAGUCCAAUUUAAAAGAAAAUGAUAGUAAACACAUCUGACAGUUGAUAUUGGUUUUUAAUGUGCCUUGAAGUACAGUAAGGUAAACUGAAGGUCUCCAACAUGAUCAGAACAGAAAGCGACUUGUGCGAACAGUCCCAAAGGAAAAGAAUGACGCAACACACUGCAAUGACAAGUUUGUAAAAACUGGAGGUGUUGUACCAUAAAUUUGAAGUCAGUUGCACUCUUUAAGUGUGUUGAUGGCUUUUACUGACCACUGAAAUGAGAUGUGUGUCCGGCUACUGUUGCUCACGGCUUUUUGACUUGUUUUCGUGUUACUGAAGACGUUGAUUUGACCUUGACAUUCCGUUUGUUCUUGAUGUCCACUUAAGAUUUCAGGGAAGUUCUGUACGCUGCUGAGUUGCAGUGCAAACAAUACAAAUGAUUUGUUUUUGAGAAAAGAAAAAUAACUAGAAAUACAUAGAGAAAAAAAUAAAACAAAAUCAUUUUUUAUUCAA